ACUGUUUCUGUGUAGCCUAACAACAACCCGACUAAAAUUCCGAUGUACCGUCGGUUUCCAAGUUAAACAAUUUGCUUUUAUUUGAUUUCCAUAUAGAUCUAAGCAGGUUGAUUUUGAACCAAUAUUUCUAGAUGAAGCGUGUUUUUUGCAUCACUGGAGGGAAAGGUGGAGGGGGCAUACAGUAUGCAUGGCAAAAGUCUCUUGGAAACUACAUUGCUACUUCCAGUAAUGAUAAUCUGGUAAAGAUAUAUGACAGGCAUGGAGACCUGAAACAGGAGAUUCAACUGCAAGGACCUUGCACAGGCCUGGGCUGGGAUAAAGAUGGGGACACUCUGGCGGUCAUCAACGACCGCACGACCAACAUCACCAUGUGGGACGCUAACACUGGCAAGGCGUCGUCAAUAGACAGUGGCCUCAGGGAUCCAUUGUCUUUCCUGCUGUGGGCGAAGGCUGGGCCAUACCUAGCUGUUGGCACCCAGAAGGGCAACCUGCUCAUUUAUAAUCACCAGACCUCCAGGAAGAUACCAAUCAUUGGCAAACAUUCAAGGAAGAUUACAUGUGGAGCGUGGAGUAAUGAGAACCUGUUAGCCCUGGGUAGCGAAGACAAGACCAUCACAAUCAGUAACGCGGAGGGAGACACUCUCCGUCAGACAUCAACACGUGACCUUCCCUCUGACGUGCAGUUUUCAGAGAUGAAGGGAGACGAGAGGUCUGCCAUGGGAGAGAACACGGUGAGUGUGGUGAUUGGCAAGAAGACCCUGUUCCUGUACAACAUGCAUGAUGCUGAGAAUCCCAUAGAGCUGGCCUUCCAGCAGAAAUAUGGAAACAUCAUGUCUUACAGAUGGUAUGGUGAUGGCUACAUAAUGAUUGGUUUUUCCCAAGGCUUCUUCGUGGUCAUCUCUACACACAUGAAGGAGAUUGGCCAGGAGUUGUUUCAAGCACGCAACCACAAAGACAACCUUAGCUGCAUAGCCAUCUCUCUGUCCCUCAACAAGGCUGCAUCAUGUGGAGACAACUGUAUCAAGAUCCAUGACCUUUCUGACCUUAAAGAGAUGUUUGCGAUCAUCAAUUUGGACGAUGAACGCAGCCUUGACCGCAUGGAGUGGACGGAGGACGGUCAGUUGCUUGCGGUCACUUCCACCAAGGGCAACCUGUAUGUGUAUCUGACUAGCCUUCCCAUGCUGGCCGCUACUCAGCAGACUCGUAUAGCCCACCUGACGUCAUUGCUUGAAGUCACCAUCGAGGACAACAUUCAACAGGAGCAGCCUGCGACCAUUGCUGUAGAUGUUGAACCAUCCUUUCUGGGCAUUGGACCGUAUCAUUUAGCUGUGGGGAUGAACAACAGGGCCUGGUUCUACCUGCUUGGAGAUAAUGGUCUUGAGCAGCUGAAGGACCGUGAGUACCUGGGCACCGUUCACUCCAUCAAGCUCAAUGCUGACUACGCCUCCGCCCACUUUGAUGAUAAGAUCCAGUUACACAUGAUUGAAGGUGAAACAACAGGAACAACAGACGAACGGGAGAGCAAACUAUUCCCAGACAAAGACGUUAAUCAGACACGUAUCACAUGUCAUGACAUGACACCAGAGUUCCUUAUAUUUGGCACGGACAAUGGAGGCCUGUUCUAUUUUUUCAUCGAGGACUGGCAGUACGUGAAUGAAUUCCGCCAUGUUGUGGGCAUACGCAAGCUGUUCCCUGACCCUAGUGGCACAAGACUUGUCUUCAUUGAUGACAAGAAAGACGGUUAUGUGUACAACCCGGUGAAUGACCACCUAGUGGAGAUCCCUGAGUUCUCUCCCUUUGCGAAGGGCAUUCUCUGGGAGAUGUGGGGCCUGGAUAAGGGAGUCUUCAUUGCCUAUGACGAGGAGAAGAUCUACACAUACAUGUACUCCAGGGAGCAUGUUAUGGGUACGCGCUGUGACCUAGUGGGCUCUACCAAGCUGCCAUAUGGCCAGAAGCCCGUACUUCUUCACAAUGGGGAGGUCACGCUUCAAACGCAGAGUGGCAAACUUGUCACCAUCGCCCUUGACUCGCAUGCCUACCUCUUCAUUGACUCCAUUGAGGGCAAAAAUGCCAAAGAGCUGGCAGAAUGUUUGAAUCAAACAAUAGCUCUGAAAAGAUGGAAGGAUGGCUGGAUCUUCUGUAACCAGCUCAAUGCCAGAGAACACUGGACCAAACUGGGAUAUGCCGCCCUAAAAUGUCUGGAUGUGGACUUUGCCAUCCGUGUGUUCAGAGAACAAGGUGAUGUUGGUCUUGUCACAUCACUGAUGCAUAUCAAGAGCCUUGAAGAUCGCAAUCAACUGUCCGGCUCCAUUGCCAUGUACCUGGGGGAGUUCAACUUGGCGCAGGACCUCUACUUGGCCUCAUCUAAACCCCUGGCUGCAUUGGAGAUGCGUAGGGACCUGUUGCACUGGGACAGCGCUCUACAACUGGCGAAGGCUCUCGCGCCUGAGCAGAUCCCGUACAUCAGCAAGGAGUACGCUCAACAGCUGGAGUUCACGGGCGACUACAUGACCGCGCUGGCUCACUACGAGAAGGGAAUCACGCGCCAGGAGCAUGACCGAGAUCACGAUGAGGUGUGCGCAGCUGGUGUGGCCAGGAUGUCCAUCAGGAUGGGCGAUAUUAGGAGGGGUGUUGGCAUGGCCAGUAAGAUGCCAAGCAGGGUACUAAAGAAGGAAUGUGCCUCCAUCCUUGAAAGCAUGAAGCAAUGGUCUGAAGCAGCUCUGCUUUAUGAACAAGGUGGUUUCUAUGACAAGGCAGCAUCUGUCUAUAUUAGAAGCAAAAACUGGACAAAGGUGGGAGAGCUGCUUCACCACAUUACCUCCCCCAAGAUCCACAUCCAAUACGCCAAGGCCAAGGAGGCGGACGGACGUUACAAGGAGGCAGCGGAGGCCUACAAACAGGCCAAGGACUGGGACAAUGUCAUCAGGAUCAACCUGGAGUUUUUGCAAAAUCCAGAGGAGGCUGUGAAGAUUGUGAGGGAUAAUCAAUCAGUGGAGGGAGCAAAAAUGGUCGCUAAGUUUUUCCAGAAGUUGAAUGACUUUGGGUCAGCCAUUCAGUUCCUGGUGAUGUCUAAAUGCAAUGAUGAAGCCUUUCAACUGGCCCAACAGCACAAUCAGAUGGAAAUCUAUGCUGAUAUCAUAGGUGCAGAUGCAACACCAGAAGACUACCAAAGCAUUGCAUUGUUCUUUGAGAAUGAGAAGAACCACUUCUUGUCUGGCAAGUUCUUCCUCCUCAGUGGCCAGUACAACAGGGCUAUGAAGCAUUUCCUGAGAUGUGACGGGGAGAACAGUCAGGCUAUAGAGCUGGCAAUAGAGACAGUGGGGCGGGCAAAUGAUGAUCAGCUCACCCAUGAACUUGUGAACUUCCUCAUGGGAGAUACAGACGGUGUACCAAAGACAAGUAGUGGACGAAAGAAAGAUGCCAAGUACCUGUUUCGACUGUACAUGGCCCUCAAGCAGUACAGGGAGGCGGGCAGGACGGCCAUCAUCAUUGCCAGGGAGGAGCAAAGUGCUGGUAACUACCGGAAUGCCCACGAUGUGUUGUUCAGCAUGUUCCAGGAGUUAAAGCAGCAGAAGAUCAAGAUUCCAUCCGAGAUGGCCACCAACCUGCUGAUCCUGCACAGCUACAUACUGGUCAAGAUCCAUGUAAAACGAGGGGAUCAUUUGAAGGGUGCCCGAAUGCUCAUCAGAGUUGCCAAUAAUAUCAGUAAAUUCCCAUCACACAUUGUUCCCAUCCUCACGUCCACUGUGAUAGAGUGCCACAGGGCUGGCCUCAAGAACUCCUCAUUCAGCUAUGCGGCCAUGUUGAUGAGACCUGAAUACAGGAACCAGAUAGACCUGAAGUACAAGAAGAAGAUCGAGAUGAUCGUGCGCAAGCCGGACAAGACGGAGGAGGAGGAGCCCCAGUCUCCCUGCCCGUACUGUGGCUUCCAGCUGCCAGAGACCGAGCUCCUGUGUCCGGAGUGCAAGGGAAACAUCCCCUACUGCAUUAUUACUGGCCGUCACUUGGUAAAGGAAGACAUGACUGCCUGCCCCAGCUGUAAUUUCCCUGCAAUAUUCUCAGAAUUCAUCAAGUUGAUGGAGACUGAAGAGAACUGUCCCAUGUGCUCAGAGAAGGUGAUCAAGCAGAAUCUACAGAAGGUCUCUGAUACACACAAGUACCUGAGUCCAGAGGAGGGCACGGCAGAAUAGACAUGACAAAUGUGCAUUAAUCUGGUGGAAUGGAACAGAUUCAGAAUCAUCACGUUUUUGUGAUUUAUCCUGUGUGAGGCUUGCAAGUUACAACACAAAGUGCCUGUCAUGGAAUUUAGCAAUGUUUAGCUGCAAUUUGUCAUCAUAGAGAUACACUGGGUACUAGUAUGCAACACCAAAGUCACCCCAUUAUAGACUCCAAUAUGCUGUAACUCUUCGAUUACUAUUUACAGCCGCAUCAUGAUUAAAUUAAAUUUCUUUCUAACUCAAGUAAUCACAGCGCAGAUUUCAAGCAGAAGUUCUUAUCAAGAAAAUGCAAGCUUCAAUUCAUGUGGUGUAACUGUUUAAAAGGGCAUUACAACAAUGUCCAUAAGAUUGCUGUACAUAUGUACAGCGAAAUUGGAGUGCAUGUGAAAUAGUUAUCAAAUUAAAAGAAAUAUUUUUGUUUUGUGACUUAUUGAGUGUAUUCUGAAUCAAACAUGUUUACAAUUCUUGUACAUUUGUUUUCACAAAGACAUCAAUCUCUGUUUAGACAUGUAUGAUUUAUAACAAAAACAUUCCGUCCUAUAUUUUGUCAAUUAUGAACAUAACCAAUAACAACAAAGUCUUUAUUCUUUUAUUAUUAUCUGUUAAUUUAUUUAUUAUUUGAGUAUUAAUAAAAUAUGUGUAAAUAUUUUAGGCUUUGUUUUGAUCUUAGUUAUACAUGUCAUUGUUUAUUGUAAUCGCAUACUAGUAUACUAUUGUUACAAAUACAAUUCUCACAUGGUACAUGUAAAAUAUUAUAUUGCUAAAUAAUUAUUUACUAUAAUCGGUAUUUGUUUUGACUGCGUAUUUCAUUUCAAAUGGAAAGGCAAUAGGUAUAGCCCGUUUACAAAUUUACAAAUAAGUGCAUCAAUUAAUAAAGGUGUCAACACAAGUUCAGGAUGCGGCUAGAGACAAUUCUUUUAUAGUAAAACGAAUACCAUUAGACAGGUACAGGCAUACAUCAUACAUCAGAAAAUACGCGGAUUUUACAUUUUAUGUUUUCCAGUUUACAUGUGAUGUAAAAAAUCUUUUUUUUUCAAUUGAUAGAUUACAUAGUUGUGAAAUGAGAUGUUUAAAACUGAUCUUAAAAAUCUGUUGAAAAAGUCGCUGGAAUCCUUGUCCGAUAGUGGAGCUGAUGAGCUAUAUCUUCUGAAGAACUUAUACCAAGGUCAUAAUUUUUCUUUUCAUGAUGUGUUUAAGAUGCUAGACUUGUAGCUAAGCGUAAGAAAAUGACAUUAUUUUUAGUAACGUCAAGCCACACAUACUGCACCU